UUUAGAUAUUCUAUAUAAAGUAAAUGAAAGUGUCUCAUACUCAUUAAUUAAAAAACUGUCGUUUGAUCAAGUCAUUGAUCUACGUAACAUAAAAAAAAUAUUAACGAAAAUAAUUCAAGUUCGUCAUAUUUAAAUUGAUUAAAUUUUCAAUUCUCGAUAAUAGUACAUACAAUAAAAUUAACAAUGAGCUUUAGUCAGUUGCCAAAUGAAAUAAAAAGAAAAAUAUUUUCUAAUCUUGAACAAAAAGAACGUCAGGCACUACGUCACGUCGAUAGUAAUUGGAAAGCUAUCAUUGAUGAUAUGACAAAGUGGAAGGACAAAUGUUCAAUGAACGAAAUAAAACCAUGGAAGAAUCAAUUGAUUAAACUACAAUAUCCCUCGUUAAAAAGUGCUAAUUACAAGCAUUUAAAAGAAAAAGAGUUAAAAAAAAUAUUUUUAUUGUACAGAAAAUGGCGUAAAACAAUUGAUGCAGGCAGAAUUUAUUUGAAUGAUUUCGACAAUUUUCCUGCAGAAUUUUCUCGUUCAUUAAAUUUUGAAGACAUAGAAUGCUCUUUUGAUUUAUUAGCUGGUUAUAUUGCUGUGGGAAUAACUCGCAUUGGUUUAAACUGGUUGUAUAAGAUUGAUGAAGGCAUCCACUUAUCACAUGCAUUUUAUUUUGACGAUCAUGUUGAUCGUAAUGUUGGAUUAGAUCGUGGGAUUGAAAUUCCAAUUUUAUUGGAUUUUAUUGAAGUGAAACUUUGGAUAACUGGUACUGGAAAACUCAUUUAUGUUGUAUGUUUUCGCAAUCAACUUUUAUUUUGGGACGUUGAAAAAAAGACUAAAAUUCCAACACCAUCAUCUAUUUUCUUACAAGAUUCAUUGAACUCAAUAAAUAUUCGACGAGGAACUGAUGAAUAUUUUUACAUUAUAAAUAAUAGUACAGAAACAAUGCACAUCAUCAGAUUGGAUUACGUUGGAAAUGAAAUAACUACAAAAAAAUUAUUAAUAAUUAGGUAUAAUUUAUUUGAAUUUCUCAAGUUUAUUGAUUUUCAUGCAGAGGAGAGAAAAAUAAUGGUAGUUUAUGAAAUUAUGAGAGUAAAAACAAAUACUUUGCUAACAACAAUUGUUAAAAUUUCACGAUCGCAAGUUUUACCAGUGAAAAUUAGUGCUUAUGAUCGAACCCAUACUGCGGGUUUUUCGUAUAUGCAGAACGCUAAUCAGAAUUAUGAUUUUACCAUUCCAUGUAUCAAUGUCGUAAUAGCCGUCAACAAGUUUCCUUUCUUCAGAGCAAGGACAUUUAUCGUUCAAAUAUCACGUUUCGACGAACGCAAUAGACAUCUUACAAUACUUAAACGCUACGAAAUACCAGAAAGCAUUAUACCGUAUGAUUAUGGGAUUCAAUUCAUGACCAUAUAUUUUAAUUAUCUUUUUUUAGGUACAAGAAAAGCUGAAUUAACAAUUUUCAAAUUAAAAAAUCUCCAGCAUUUGAAAAAUUUGAAUUUCGAUAAUCUUGAAAAAAAAGUAGUACGGACUGAAAUAUUCACUAAACUACUGAAAAUAACUAAAUAUAAUAAUCAAAUUAUUAUGUUAUUGGCCAAUAGGAAAGAAGUCAAACUAUUAACCUGCAAUCUAAAUUUUUAAUUUUUUUAAAUACAUACAAAGAAUACUAACGAUUAUGAUCAUUUUUAAAAAUGAUUUAUUAACAAUAUAAGUGAAAGAGUAAAUUAGUAUUAUCAUUUAUAACUUAUCACAAUUAUGUAAAAAUAAUAAUAAUUAUUAAAUAAAAAUUGUUUUUAAA